AUGUAUCCUCUCCCCGAGCCGCCCACAAAAACCUCUCUCGCUGAAGCUCGCAGGGAUCUCGCUCUCCACCAACAGUCCGUAAAAGCCCUCUCCACUAAAAUCCAGUCCGCAGAGGAUGAGCUCUCCCGCAUCGUCGAGCAGUCGCGGUGCGCCAUCCACGAGCUAGAGAAAGAGCGCGCUGCGCUCGAGGACAGGGUCGCGCUCACCCUCGCCUACAUCUCCCCCAUCCGACGUCUCCCCCACGAGCUCCUCCGCUACAUCUUUCUCAUCGACUUUGACGAAUAUCCAUGCUGCGCGUGGGUCCUCUCUGCUGUCUGUUCUCUGUGGCGUAGGCUCGCCCUGUCUAUGCCCACGCUGUGGUCCAAGCAACCUCUGCAGACACCAUCCGCCUAUGGUUGGAACGCGCCGGGCACAGCGUUCCCCUCGACAUUGAAGUCUUCCUGCGAACGCAGCCUGUUCAUGCAGCCGUGA